CGCUUCCACACAAUAACAACGUCAUAUUAUAGAGGAGCGAUGGUGAGUGGAAUUAUUUACUUUUUGAGAUAUAAACAAGCAUUUAACUCUAUCUUUUUAACAUCAUAUUAUAGAAGAGCAAUGGUAGGUGAAAGCAACUUUGUGAGUUAUUUUAACCUCAUCUUUUCAACAGAAGCAAGAAGUUAUUCUAAAGACAAUGGAAAAGGACUGUUGUAGUAGUUCAUUGGAGUUGUCACACCUUAGCAUUAAUAUGAUGCAACAUUGCACCAUUACUUAUAAUAGGAGCUACAUGUAGCUAGAAGGACUAAUGCUAAGUUAUAAAGCACAUGAUACUCAAUGCAGUUCUAAUUAAGCAUCAGUCUGAGUUUUUUUGAUAUUUGCAGGGCAUUAUGCUUGUGUAUGAUAUAACCCAAGAGAAGACAUUUGACAACAUUUCAAAGUGGCUACGGAACAUUGAAGAGGUACUUUCCGUUUUUGUUGUGAAUGAAAAUCACUUUUCCACAUACCGCACUUACUAAAAUGAUUCACUGGAGUCUACUACAAUAAUCACCAAGGGAAAAUUGUAUUGUUGCAUAAAAUUUCUUUUCAUCCCCUUUGAAGGUUUUGUAUCUUUGAACACCCAGUAUUGUGAGAAGUUCCAGUUAAACUUAACCUUCAUAGCUAGCUGUUUCGUUAAAGCAUCAUGAAAGAAAUUCCUCUUGAAGGCAAACAGGAGACUGAAGAGGCGGAAGAGAGAGAUUUUCGCUUCCUCUUGCAUGUUUUCCGUUCCUUCCUGCUUCCGAGGCUUGGGCUGUGUACCUCACUUGGAAAGUGUGCAUUAUUUUAUACACAUGUAACUUGUCCUUGUUGCAAUUUUUUUUCUUUGAUCUUACAUGAAACUAUUUUAGACCUAAUUUAAACCGUUUUUUAAACCCAAUGGAUUGACCUUCAAUAAUGUCAUUGUAAUUUUUUGCACUUUAUUUCAGCAUGCAAAUGAAGAUGUAGAAAAGAUGAUCCUCGGUAACAAAUGUGAUAUGGAUGAUAGAAGAGUUGUCAGCAAGGAGCGUGGUGAUCAGGUAGGUUCAAACUGGAAAAGAUUUCCAUGGUAACUCCCCCAAAUAAGAUGCAAAACUUGUUCACGAAUGGUUCUCCUCGCUUAAAGAGAACCAUGGCUUUUUCUGUCAAAAUGCAUGGUUCUGUUAUUAAAGUUUGCAAAGAAGUGGCAAACACAAUAAGAUUGUAUGAAACAUUAGCCUCUAUUUUUUUCAUUAGAAUAGUCAUGAUCAUCCAGGGCUGUCAUUAAGAGGCGGGGGCCGGGGAUUUCCCACCGCUACUAUGAACAUGGUCCCCGGUUAUUUUCAUAGGAAAAUAGAAGAAAAAUAGAACCAAAAGAAAUCCCUAGCUGUUUGAUUCCCUGCCUACUUGUUGUAUUUACCCAGCAACUUGAAAUCUUAGUGACAUCCCUGUCAUCAUUACAUACGGUGACAGACGAUAUCGCAUGGCGGCACAGAGAUUCAAAAUUUCUCUUUGAGUGUUGAAAAAUAUUAAUUUUCUUGAGUGAGCGCAGCGAUCAAGUGAAGUAUUUUUUUUAACACAAGAAGAGAAUUUUCGUAUCUCCAAGCAGCCAUGUAAUGUUCUAUUUGUUAUGUAAAGACCAAUGAAAUACCAAACCACUUCACUUAAAUAUGUCUUUGCUGCCGAAGGCGCAAUUUAUUAUGUAGCCGUAGCAAUGGUGAUCUUUUCAUGUGUGAAGAUAUCAUGUUUCCAUGCAAAAGCUCACCUGGUAUUUCAGUGGGAGAGCGCUGGUUUGUUGAGUGGGACGUCACAGCUUCAACCCCUGGCCAGACAAAUGCUCGGGGUUUUUAAAUAACUGAGAAGAAAGUGUUGCCUUUGUAAUGACUUCUGCGAACAGUUAAACUUUCUAGUCUUCUCAGUUAAGGAAGAAAAACUGUAGGUCCCAUCUCACAACACUUUCACUUAUCUGAUUCUUGUGGGACGUAAAAGAACCCACACGACUGUUCGAAAAGAGUGUGGUGUGGCCAACCUUUCCUGGACUAGGUGGGUUAUCUGUAAGGAGAGAUCAUAAUACAGAGAUAACCUGAUGAUCCCCCUUAAGGUGCCAUAAUGGCGACCUGUAAACAGUGUACGUACUUUACAUGUAUGUAUAUUUGUGAAGAAAAAGGGUUUUGAUUGCUGGUUUCUUUGGUUCCUCUCCACCUUAGAUUGCCAGAGAGCAUGGCAUAAGGUUCUUGGAAACAAGUGCCAAAACCAACAUCAACAUCGAGCAAGCCUUUUACAACCUAGCUGAAGAUAUCCUUAAGAAACAAUUGACCAAGGACAAUGAGGAAACUUCUCAAAACAUUCACGUUAGCAAUACACAAGAGAAGAAAGGGGGUUGCUGUUAA